AUGACAUCUCUACUUGAGAUCCAGAUUCGCGAUCUAAUCUAUGAGGUCAUGGUGGUCCUCCAGAAUUCGCAUCCUUCAGAUGCUGAGGUCAAGAUCGGGGCAAUGAUUACACACCAGUUAUACUCCAAGUUGCAAGAACACCCUGCUUACCAGAACAAGCAUCUACCGCAUCUCGAUGCUGCUGUGCGAAGAGUGGCUGAAAAGAUUGCAAAGGAGAAUGAGGUCGAGCUAACUGCCGAUUUGGUCGCAACCAUUGAUCAAUUUCUUCCAGAUGAUGAUGGAACUUCUGAAGUGCAGGUCAUAAAACAAAUGGAGUUUCCCAGAUCCCAGCGCCUUACUUCUACUAAGCGUAUGAUGAAUGUCACCACUGGGAAUGGCAAUGUUCAUCCAAUAACACCCCUUCCUCGGGUUCCUGACGCCACUUUCCGUGCUCUCGGUGGUUACAGAGUUCAAAAGUCGAAAGCAGUUGCGGUCAACGAAUUCAAGGGACGGUUGAUCACGGCUUCGCAAUUGCGCUGCCUGUGGUCCUGUUUCCUACCACGACAUGCCAUCAACAAAACUCGCUCAAAUAAGAGAAAAGGCACGGGUGGUGGAAACGAAAGUCCGAGCAGGAACAAUUGA